AUGCCGUUCUUUCAAGCAGCAGAGGGAAAGCGCUUCUUUUACACGCAUCGCCAGGCGGACCAUGCCAAAGACGGACAGCUCACUAUACUCAUGAUCCAUGGCCUUGGCUCCACACACGCUUUCUAUGGCCCAAUCCUGCCGACCCUCGUCGAUGCUGGAUUCGCAUACGUCGCCUACGAUACGCACGGUAGUGGUCUGUCGAGCUUUUCGGGCAAGGGACAAGAUGUAAAAUCCAUGACUCAGGAUGCUUUGAGUCUAAUGGAACAAUUGCACCUCGUGCCCGAGCGGACCGUACUCGUAGGCCAUUCUAUGGGGGGUAUGGUAGCUUGCGAGCUGGCAUCGAGAAAGAGCAUGGCCGGUCUGGUCCUCUUGGGACCUGUGCAUCCCAACCCAGGUGUAGCCGGUAUAUUCUCGAAACGCAUAGAGGUGGUGAAGCAGGAGGGCAUGGAAGCCAUGGCGGACACGAUACCAAGAGCUGCCACGGGCUCUCAAUCAACGGCAGCUCAGCAUGCGAUGAUUCGUUCUCUGCUCCUUUCCCAGGACGUACUGGGUUACGCGUCGCUUUGUGAGGUGAUUGCCAAGGCAAGCCCUCCUGACUACGACAGGGUGAAAUGCCCGGUCCUGAUACUGGCUGGAGGAGAAGACAAGUCGGCGCCCUUGGAUGGCUGCCGCAUCAUACUCGAACAGUGUGGGACCGUUCGCGGAAAGAAGAGGCUCCAAAUCGUUGAUGGAGUGGGGCAUUGGCAUUGUAUUGAAUCGCCUGGCGUCAUGGGCGAAGCUAUCGCGGGGUUUGCAACUCAAGUGUCACAGCUAGCGGCAUAG